AUGAUGCUCGUACACAAACCACAAAACAUUGUUCUCCCGUCCCCAGCGUCCUUCACCCAUAGGCGCCAUCCCUCCGCCCCCGUCGUUGUCCAGCCCACACGCACACCGGGCCUCCUUUCGCUUUCAAAGCCUGCGAAACAGUCCCCCCAUCGCCAGCUGCCCUCAAAUCAGCGCCGUGAUGUUAAGCAGUCUUCCAAGACUGCCGCCGGCAUGGUCCGUGCGCCAGUGGUCCCACUGGCGCCCACAACCAAGCCGCAGAUGGGUCAGGUCGUGCCAGCCACUCCCACCCCGUCCCGCGGGAGGAAGCAGGCAAAGCAGGCAAAGGACAAGGCGCAGGCGCACAGGAGCGCCUCUCAGUCGUCCAUACGUGGAAAGCACGGGCGUCAACCCUCCCCGCCUAUUGAAGUCCAAGCACAAUUACAAUCGUCCGAAUUACAAUUUUCCUCGCAGGCAGAGGCUACCGUAGUACCUCCUAUAAAGUCAACCAACCCUUUUGACCCUUUCCUUGAUUCCCCGCCUUCUUCUCCUACUUUGUCCAAGCCCUCCGGUAAUUUGGCUUUUCGUAGACAGCAGCAGACUCCCCCCGCAACUCCGCCACAAUCAAAGGCUAUUCCCGUCCCAGUCUCCCAACGCAGCAAACACUCCGAAAUCUCCCGCUCUGAUCCCAUAACGUCCCACAUGCGCCCACGUCCAGUUCCUAAGCGCUCGUCCACUUAUCAGGAUUUCCCCGUAUGCGACGAUCUCAAUGAGCCCGCAGACAAGUCCUACACCCUCUCGCCUCCCGCCACACCCCGUCGCCCUGUUGGCGGUAACAGGUCCUUGACCUCGACCCCUCGUGUCCCAGUCUCCUUCUCGGAUCCCGUUACUCCUGUUCGAGGUCAGAGGAAGCAUCAUCGUGUUCCGAGCGAAGGCGUGUUCAACAUGUCUUCCGACGAAGAGGUUUCCUCUGGGCCAGGCGGCGUCGUCCUCAACCCGAACGUCCAGGCGCUUUUUGCAAGCGCGAGCAAGAGGGCCUCGCUUCCUGCUUCCGCAUACUCUACGCCUGCUUUUGCGCGUGCCGCAAUGAUUACGCCCAUGCGCAGUCGCGAAUCGUCUCCGGUCUACGGCCUUUCGAAGGAACAGCUGCUCGAGCAGCAGGCACAGGAAAAGGCGGGAUUCUUCGCGAGCUCGAUGUUCCAAAACUCGCCUAGUCCGGAAGAGCUCCCGGACCCCCUCCUCCUUUGA